AUGGAUCAUACUGCAGAUGUACAAGAGAUCUCAGCACGGGUAGCGGACUUCCACAGUCGUCAGCAACCAUUCCGUAUAUAUCAUGGCGCUACCAACAGUACUCGGCCCUCCAACCGAUCUCUCUCCAACACGGUCAGCACAGAACCUCUCACUCGCAUCCUCGAGAUCGAUAUCGACAGAUGUACAGCUAUAGUUGAGCCCAAUGUCUCGAUGGAUGCUCUGGUGGCUGCCACCAAGGCCCAUGGUUUGGUCCCUUUGGUGGUUGUCGAGUUCCCCAACAUCUCGGUUGGGGGCGGAUUCUCGGGGACAUCGGGCGAGAGUAGCUCUUUCCGUGAGGGGUUCUUCGAUCAUACUGUCAAUUGGAUUGAAAUGGUCCUGGCAGAUGGUCAGGUGGUGAAGGCAUACAAUGACCGCGUCGAGACGGGAUCGGAACUGGCGGAUAACCGCUCGGACUUGUUCUGGGGCGCCGCAUCUUCCUUUGGGACCUUGGGAGUGGUCACUCUAUUGGAGAUUCGAUUGAAAAAGUCACAGCCAUUGGUUGAACUGAAAUAUUAUGUCAAUUCCAAUAUGAAGGACGCGGUGCGUGCCUUUGAAGAGGCUAGCGCUGAUCCAAGCACUGAAUACCUGGACGGAAUCGUCUAUGCACGGAACAAGAUCGUCGUUUGUGCUGGUCGACAAGUUGAACAAACUUCUAACAUCUCCAUCUCCGACCAGGAGAGCUCACCUCACAUGCCAGACGCAGUGGACUACAUUCCUCUCACUGACUAUCUGUUCCGUUAUGAUCGAGGUGGUUUCUGGGUUGCCCGUUACGCCUUUCGCUACUUCUGUGUUCCAUUCACCUCCCUGACACGCUGGCUUCUUAACCGAUUCAUGCACACAAAGGUGAUGUAUCAUGCGCUGCACGUUAGUGGGCUUGCGCGUCGAUAUAUCAUCCAAGAUGUCGGUGUACCAAUAUCCACUGCUGCCGAGUUCCUGGACUGGCUGGACCGACCUCACAACUUUGGCCAAUAUCCGCUUUGGCUCUGUCCGCUACCACCAGGAAGUGCCGGUGGGUUGGAAGGAGAUCCGGCGGAUGGCAAGGGAGUUAACACACAACUCCUCAAUUUUGGGAUCUGGGGGCCGGCCGCUACCACGGAUGAGGCCUGUUUCGUAGCUCAAAAUCGACAGCUUGAACAUAAGGUCCACAGUCUUGGAGGAAAGAAAUGGCUAUAUGCACAUACUUACUAUACAGAGGACGAGUUCUGGUCCAUCUAUAACAAGCCUGGUUAUGAUUCUUUACGGGCAAGAUACCACGCGCAGCAUCUUCCAUCCCUGUAUGAAAAGGUCCGAGUGCGUGAAUCUGAUCUCCCUGGUCCACAUCGUGGAGAGUUCGAGAGUGGCUGGAAGGGAUCGGUCAAACGUGCCCUGUGGAACGUCUGGCCAUUUUGUGGUCUUUACGGGGUUUAUAAGGCUUGGAGAGGAGGAGACUAUCUGUUGCAAAAAGAAAUUCCCAAGAAGAAGGCCGAUUGA